AUUAUUGUAUCAGUUCUUUCGGGUCUUGCAAGUGGUUUGGUCGUCUCAAAUGAGUGUCGAUUGAAGCAAAAACAUGGACAGUCGAUCAAAUUCCACCCUGAAAGAAUAUUUAGAGAUUAGACUUGGCCCACAACAUUUACCCUCCUCCGUGGUUGUACCAAUUACAGUUGUUUAUGUUUUAAUAUUUAUCAGUGGAGUGAUCGGUAAUGCUGUUGUAUGUUUAGUGAUUGCAAGAAAUUCGCAAUUUCAAACACCCACAAACUAUUACUUAUUCUCAUUGGCCAUUUCUGACUUACUAAUUCUAAUAUUUGGUUUACCAAACGAUCUGAAGGUAUUUUGGCAACAGUAUCCUUGGACUUUUGGCGAUGUAAUCUGCAGACUACGAGCUUACGUAGCUGAAAUGACGAGCAAUGCUUCGGUUCUAACCAUCGUUGCCUUUACUACGGAGAGAUACAUAGCCAUUUGCCAUCCACUGCUCGUCCAUAAGUUUUCGACAUUAACGAGAGCAAUCAAGAUCAUCAGCACUGUCUGGGUAUUGGCCUGCGCCAGCGCUAUUCCCUUCGCCGUAUACACUCGAAUUAAUUACCUCGAUUACCCGGCCGAUUCGGGUAUUUUAGCCGAAGAAUCUGGAAUCUGUACUUUACCCAUGGAUAAUAAUGAUGUGACUUUUCCACUUUUGCACUUCUCCACUAUCGUGUUCUUUUGCCUUCCCAUGACGGUCAUCAUUAUUCUAUACAUCAAAAUCGGUUUGAAACUGAGAUUUUCCAAAUUUAGCGGAAUGUUAGCUGAUGAAUCUAAAUAUUCGCCUUCUUCUGGUAGCAGCAACAGACAAAAUCAUUUGAGGAAGUCUGUGCAUAAAAUGCUAGUUGCGGUAGUUAUCGCUUUCUUCGUCUGUUGGGCACCUUUCCACGCUCAACGCCUACUAACAGCCAAUGUAGUCAGUCACGAAGACUGGACGGCACAACUAAGACGACUCAAUGAAGUCCUUUAUUACAGUGCAGGAUGUUUCUAUUAUUUCAGUGCAACAAUUAAUCCGAUCCUUUAUUCUUUACUCUCUGCUAAAUAUCGAGGAGCUUUUCGAGAAACGCUAUGCUCGUUUACGGCUAGAAAUGAAGCAAAAUCGUCACAAUUCGGUCGAUAUCCCACUCGACAUAGUAACAGUUACGCUUGCAACAACGAAAAACACUACUCCAUACGAGAAGUUUCUAAUGAAGAGCGUGGAAAAGAUGAAAACAAACACGUCAGUCGACCAGAUAAAGACAAGCUUAAUGGAUUUAUUCCGAAUACUUUACACGAUUUCAGAGAAACACCAGUCUGAUUUGGAGUAAAAACCAGGGGGGAAAAAAUGGAAACUUCUGAAUAUAUAUAACGCUGGCGGAACUAAGCGGAAUGAAUGAUUUUCAGAAUGUUUAAUAACGGAAAUAUAGUGAAAAUAACAACUGCAGAUGUAAAGCGAAUACCGGAAAUAAACAGUUAAUUAAAUAAAGAAUGCAAAGUCCGAGAAGAAUAGUAAAAAUUGAGAAUUUAGAUUGAAAAGUAGAAGAAUGUGUUAAUUAUUUCUCCUCUUAUCGACAAAGAGUCUGUAGAUAAGGAACAGAAAAGAAAAAACAAUGAGAUGAAGAAGAUAACGAGUAAAAGUUCAGGUCAAAAAAUAAAAACGAAAGUACCUCAACGUAGUUGUCGUUAGAGAGUACAGGAAGAUCUUGUAGAUAUUGGACAAUUGUAUAGAAAAACAGAUGAUAAGAGUUAAUGACAUUUACGGAAUAUUUAAAAACAAAUGCUAAUUGUACAUUAAAGAACACAAAUUCCCCUGCAUAAAUUGCCUUUAAUCAGAGGGAUAACAUGCACAAAUUUUAUAAGAAAAAAAAUUAAAUCUAAGUCAUAACAAGAAUUUCAUGUUAUGAUUCUUUUCAAAAACCAUUUGUCUGUAUCUGUAUCUGUAGAAAUGUUGUCAUUAGAAUAUAUAGCGUACAAUUUAAUUUGAGAUUCUAGUCACGUAAACAUUCAAAGGUGCCAGGAUAUUCUGAGAUGAUGAACAUGGCAUUAUACACCCUUGAAUUGAAAAGAUAAAUUUUUUGGAAUUUUUUUUGCUAAAAUAAUUAUUUAAAUAAUUUGCGUUUGGGUAGAACUUAAUUAUAAUAAUCUGGGCUAAAUAAAUGCCAUGUCAUCACACUCAUUAUAUAAAGU